UAAAGUUCUAUUUCUCCUCAUCAUGCUGAGGCUACGCGCGUUCCGCCCCAGCAACGACAAGAUCGUGAAGAUCCAAUUCCAUCCCACGCAGCCCUGGCUCGCAGCUGCCGAUGGAUCCGACGCCGUCGUCGUCUGGGACUGGGAGAAUCGUCAGGUCCUGUAUGAGCUCAAUGCCGGGGGUGUGGACGCCAAGCGCCUUGUCGGAGCACAGCUCCAGAAGCUUGCGGAGGGAGAGUCGGAGUCCAAAUCCAAGCCUACCGAGGCGAUUCGUGGAGGAAGUGUGAAGCACCUCAGAUUUUACGAUGACGAUGUCCGCUUCUGGCAAUGGUGGAUCAGUCGAACAGCAGCAGUGGACGCUCAAUCCUCUCCAGCACAGUUUUCUCCACCCGGUUCUUCGGGUAGUUCUGGCUCCACUCGAGGCCGGCGCUUCCUUGUUAUCUGCUGCGAGAACAAAGCCAUCUUCUUGGAUCUGGUCACAAUGCGUGCUCGAGACGUUCCCAAACAACUCCUGGAAAACAAAGCUCCUCUUUGUGUCGAGUUUCUUCCACGCUUUACUUCUGGAGAUGGCACUUUUGCGGCAUUUGGUGGCUCCGACGGAAAUAUUCGCCUUCUGUCUCUUACAAAUUGGCAGAUGGCUCAAAAGUAUAUUGGCGGCCACAAGGGAUCAGUCGUGUGUCUGAUGACUUUUAUGACGUCUAGUGGGGAGACGCUUUUGGUGUCUGGGGCUACCGAUGGUUUUAUUGUUGUAUGGAAUGGCGACAAUCCUCUGGCAUUACGAGAAAUUUCUCCAAAGCUGUCGUUGAAGGCUCACGAUGGUGGUGUGCACGGUAUGGAAAUGGCAAAAAUACAAGGGGGACCUCCUCAACUUAUAACCAUAGGUGCUGACAAAACAUUGGCCAUCUGGGAUACCACUUCUUUCAAGGAACUAAGAAGAAUCAAGCCCAUUCCAAAAGUUGCGUGUCAAAGUGUUGCCUCCUGGUGCCAUCCUCGUGCCCCCAACGUGGACAUCCUGACUUGUGUGAAGGACUCACAUAUUUGGGCUAUUGAGCAUGCAACUUACAUGGCCAUGACACGACCAUUAUGUGACUUGAGCUUACAAGUUCCCUCUGCCUUUAUAGCAGCUACCAAGAAACUUAAGGCAUAUUGCAUGACAGUACACCCGUUGCAACCCCAUUUCGUUGCAACAGGAACAAACAUUGGAGUCAUUCUGAGCGAAUUUGAUGCGAAAUCAAUACCACCAGCGGCUGCCUUGCUACCCGUGCCUGGAAGCAAGGAACAUUCUGUUGUAUAUACUGCUGAGAAGGACCUCAACCUGCUUUCUUUUCAACUCUCAUCUCCUGCAACAGACGGACGGCCGAGGACAGACAUCGGGGAGGCACCUCAGAUACUCAAACAAGUGAGGACCAGAGUUUGCCCCGUGCCUCAUGAGACCUUUUCACAACUUAGUAUAAGCAGUUCUGGGAAGUUUGUUUCGGUUGUGUGGCCAGAUGUGCCAUAUUUCGCCGUCUACAGAGUGAGUGACUGGGCGAUGAUAGACUCGGGUCAAGCAAGGUUUUUUGCAUGGGACUCGUGCAAAGAAAGAUACGCACUUGUGGAAGCUGUUGCAGCCCCCAGAAUACUUCCUCUGGGAAAAGGUGGAUCAUCAAAGAAGGCUAAAGAAGCAGCUGCGCAGGCGGCCGCUGCUGCCGCUGCUGCAGCAAGUGCAGCAGCUGCUGCUACAGUUGAGAUACGAAUUUUGCUGGACGAUGGAAGCCCAAACCUCCUAACGAAGAGCCUGGAAGGGAGACCCGAACAGGUUAUCGGACUUCAAGGAGGUGCAUUAUUGGGUGUAGCCUAUAAGCUCCCUCGGAUGUCAAUCGUUCCUAGCUCAUCGACAUUUUCUACCCUUGAGGAUAUGGGAAGGACAACGAUCGCAGAAACUUCUGCAAAUUUCGUGCUUUACAGCUGGGAGACGUUCAAGCCUAUCAGCGGCAUGCUCCCUCAGCCUGAGUGGUCUGCUUGGGAUCAAACUGUGGAGUAUUGCGCUCUUGCAUAUCAACGUCACGUUGUUAUUUCGUCUCUACGUCCUCAGUAUCGCUAUCUCGGUAAUGUAGCAAUUGCAGGCGCCACUGGUGGUGUAUGGCAUCGUCGGCAACUUUUUAUUGCUACACCAACAACUAUCGAGUGUGUGUUCGUCGAUGCGGGAGUAAGUGCCAUUGAUGUUGAAAGAAUGAAGAGGAAGGAAGAGAUGAAAAAUCGUGCAGCUCAGGGAGCCUCCACGGCAGAGCACGGGGAACUUGCUUUGUUGACAGUGGACGCUCCAAAAUCUUCAUCACAGGAUCGAAUUGCUCUUCGACCACCUAUGUUACAGGUUGUCCGACUUGCUUCAUUCCACACUGCUCCUUCGAUUGCACCGUUUGUAUUUACCAAGCACACCAAAGGGGAGGUCGAGGCCACCGGCAGCCAAAAGGAUUUGGAAGACAAGAAAGUUGCAGACGUUGCGAUAGGCGGAGGCGGCGUCGCUGUAGCCGUAUCCAGAUUACCUAUAGAGCAGAAGCGUCCUGUAGGACCUCUGGUGGUGGUGGGAGUCCGAGAUGGCGUCCUUUGGAUUGUUGACAGGUUCAUGGUUGCCCACGCGAUAUGGCUUAGUCAUCCUGGUAUCCGCUGCCGAUGUCUUGCUGCUCACGGAGACGCUGUUAGCGCUGUGAAAUGGGCUUUCAGGCUUGGACGAGAGCACCAUGACGACCUUGCUCAAUUUAUGCUAGGCAUGGGAUAUGCUACUGAAGCUUUACAUCUGCCGGGCAUUUCGAAGAGGCUGGAGUAUGAGCUCGCGAUGCAGAGUGGGGAUUUAAAGAGAGCUUUGCAAUGCCUCGUCACGCUAAGCAAUAGCAAAACUCUUGGACAAGAAGCUGAUGCAGUCAGUCUCGCCUUGACAACGAAGGAGAAAACAAGCGACGCUUUACAAGGCAUUGUGAAGUUCUCUAAGGAGUUUCUUGAGCUGGUAGAUGCCGCCGAUGCCACCGCACAAUCUGAGAUCUCAACUGAAGCGCUGAAGAAGCUGGCAGUGGCUGGUGCGGUCGAAGGUGCUCUAGAUCCUACCGUUCUUCGAGCACUGUCUCUGAGGCUUGCUGCACACGGAGAGAUGACCCGUUUAGCGCUACUGGUGAACAGCAUGAUGGGAGCAGGCCAUGGUCGGGAAGCAGCCAUUGCAGCCGCACUUCUAGGAGAUCCUGCUAUAUCAGAAAAGGCAUGGCAAGAGACGGGCAUGAUCGCAGAAGCGACACUUCACGCAUAUGCUCACGGAAGGCCGUCCUUGAAGUCACUGCUUGAGCGCUGGAACCGCAUGCUACAACUGGAGCAGGAGAUACGCCCGACCGAGCUGCUCUCCAUGGAGAAGGAAGCGGUGCUGGAAAACCUGGCAGAGCCGACGAAGAAGGCAGCAAUUGAGAUUGUUCCGCCGGGUCUUGUGGCUUCGACGCAGCAAAAGAAAGCAGCACCAUCAACAGCGGCAGCAGCGGCAACUCCGGUUCUCAUGUUGGAGGCUCCUCCUCUCCGUGCUCCAGCUCCACAAACGGUUGCAAGUUAAAGGUCCGACGUGACAGCAGCAGGGAAUCGACGACAGGAACCACUUCUCCAAGUUUUCAGGGUCUUCGUGCCUUUGGAGCAUGACAACGAGUGUGCCAAGUGGCGGAGGUGCAUGGUUUUAGGGUGUCAGACGAAAGGACAGGUCACCGCUAUGAGCAGGAGGACAAUGCUUCACGCGGCAGUGAUGCGGUAUCUUUCCAACGUCACAAGCGGUGCCAGUUCUCCGUCGCCCUCUUCUAUCUCCGGUAGUUUUCGCAAGAGCUCGAGAUCAUUGGCCGGGCU